AUGAACUCCUCCUCCUUUUGCGACGAAGAUUUUUCAACAUAUCCAACUUCUAUUUUAACACGAAGACGGCACCAUAUUUCGGCGCCAGAAUUGCGGAACAACAUUCGGUCGAGACGACGUUAUCCCGGUUAUUGUCAGCGACGAGAAUCCGAACCGAUUUGUUUGAAACGUCGCAAACAACAAGAUGAAAAUGAUGCAGCGUGCAAAAAUAAAAGAAAAGAGCAUCGUCCACGAGCAAGAAUUCGAGAUGAAACCGGUGAAAUUUGGGCAAGUGUCGGAUUCUAUGAUAUCUAUUAUCCAAUUGGAAGAGGAAAUUAUGGACUUGUGAGAAAAGCUAAACAUCGUUAUAUCAAAAAUGAGGUAUGUACAUAUGUUUCCAAAUCAAGGGUGAUUCAUGGUCUAAAUAUUAUAGCACAGCAGGUUGCAAUCUACAAAUCUUGAUUUUUGGUUUUAAUGAUUCAUGACAAAAAAUUAGAAGCAGAUGAUUAUUUUGAUAUGCAGUUUUUUGCAACCUUGGGAAUUGGGGGAGUAAUAAAUCAUCCAAUUAAAAAUGGGAAAACAUGAAUAAGUAUGUAGUUUGAACAAGUCACUAAUGAACCCUUUGCAGAAAAGAAUUAGAUGUAUCUCUUUCAACAUACUGACAAGGUUGAAAACGAAAUUUGAAUUUCAUGCAAAAUAAAAGUUUCAAAAUUUUCAAGUUACCAGAAAUUAGAGAUUCAAAUAAAUUUUUUUUGCCCAACUUACACAGGGUUUUCAGAACCAGAAAAAAAUCUAACACAUAAUUUUUAUCAAGAUUGUUUUUAUUUUUAGCUCAAAAUUUCCGGUCAGAACAAUAAAAAAAUCAGAAACCAAAACAAAUACGGUAGCUCAUUAUUCAAAGUUCAAACCCUAAUGAGGCGAGACUACAGUAGUCUUUCUUCCUUUUUCCCUGAAGCCUCAUUAACUUUGCAUGCCACCGCAAAACAAUAAAAAAAUAUAUUUAUUUAAUUUCAGGUCGCUGUAAAAAUAAUUGACACAAAACGUUUGGACCAUUCAAGUCGAGCAAGAUUAAGAAAAGAAAUUGAAGUUUUGAAAACUGUUGAUCAUCCAUAUAUUAUCAAGUUACAUCAAGUCAUCGAGGAAAAUGAGAAAAUUUAUAUUUUCACUGAACUUGCAGAGAAUGGCGAAGUUUAUGGUGAGAUCGAUUCAGGAAAACUAUCUGAAAUCUUUUAAAAAAAUGUUUCCAGAUGAUGUUGCAAAUCGUGUUCGCUAUACAGAACGUGAAUCAAGAUAUAAAUUCUGGCAAAUCAUUUCAGCUGUUGAAUAUUUGCAUAAUCGUGGAAUUGUUCAUCGUGAUUUGAAAGCUGAAAAUGUUCUUCUCGACAAAGAUGAUCGAAUUAAAAUAGCUGAUUUUGGAUUUUCUGGUUUUUAUGAAUACGAUAAACCACAAACAUCAUUCUGUGGCAGUCCACCGUAUGCAGCUCCUGAAAUUUUCAAAGGAGCACCAUAUUUUGGACCUCAAAUUGAUAUUUGGGUUAGUUUGAAAACAUCGCAACCACAUAAAAAAUUUAAUUUUUACAGAGCCUUGGAGUUUGUUUGUAUGUGAUGACUACUGGUACAAUGCCAUUUGAAGGUGAUAGUUUUGCGUGGAUUAGAGAUCGUGUGAUUGAUGGAAGAUAUCGGGUUCCAUUUUAUAUGAGUAUGGAUUGUGAAGAUCUUAUCAAAAAAAUGUUGACAACAAAUCCAAGACGUCGUGCAACAAUGGAAGAUAUCAAAAGACAUCGUUGGAUGAGAGAGGAUAAUUGUGAAGAGAAAAUCAGAAAUGAAAUUCGAACAUUCUAUUGUUUGAGUCAUGGAGCAUCGGAAGAAUCAGCAAGUCGAUUCAUCCAAAAAAUUGGUAUCAAAAAAGAAAAGAUUAUUGAAUCGGUUUUUGGUGGAACUUACAAUCAUAUCCACGGAAUGUACAAUUUACUAAUGGAAAAGUACAGAAACAUUUAUUUCGAUCAAACAUUGGUGUCAAUUUAUCAAAUUCAACAACGAGAGAAAGAAAGAGAAAAUGAGGCAAGAUUGGCUCAACAAAAUAAAAAGAAUCCAUCAUUGAAAUUGUUGAAAGAGGCCAAACACAGUGUUACAAUUGAUAGUGGAAAUGGUGGUUCGAUUUGUGAAAUGGGAAUGAGUCGACAAUCUACAGUUUGUAGUUCAGUUGAUGAAGGAGUUGAAAUUUCUGGAGAAGAACAUUUUUCUGCGUCGAAUCAAUCGUUUCAAAUGAGCAAAGUUGGAAAACGGUAAAUAUAACAUCAGUUGAACGCUCAUUUUUGAAUCAAACUAUAAUUGUUCUAUUUCAGCCCAUCAACAGACAGUGUUGACAAGAAAAUGGAAACCAUGAGCAUCGGAGGAUCACCAGAAAAACGUUUGAAACCAACAUCUUCAAUUGUCAAAAAACCAUCUGAUAAUUUUGUACAGGUAAGAAAACAAAUAAUCAUUUUGUAUUUAGUAUGACGCACGCGAGCCACCUCGUGAUAUUUUGCCCUACAACAAUUAUUUUCAGCCACAAAAAUAUCUCAACUACAAACAAAGUAUGCAAGUAGAGAAGAGAAAAGCGGAAAUGGAUCAUCGGGGGGAAUGGAAUUUGGAUGCGCAAAAUGUUCGCGCUAGAAUGUUGCACCAAGAGAAACGACAACAAAAUAUGGCGCUUAGACGACAUUCGAAUCUUCCACCCAGACAUGAUUAA